AUGCCUUGUAAUUCUUGUAUUCCUCCCCCACCAAUUUUUGAUAUUCCCCCACCUCCAGAUCCUUCUCUUAUUUUACAUUUAUUAAUUGAAGAUAUACAACAACAACAACAUUCAUUUCGUCCCCAACAAUUUUAUUCUUGUUUAAAACCUGCAUUUCCUUCUUUUUUAUCAAAACUUUUAUUUGGUGAUUGGUUAUUACCUUUUUUGGCUAUUUUUCUUUUUUGUAUUUUCACAAUAUUUGUUGGAUUAAUUAUUUUAAUUAGAAAAAGAAGAAAAAAAAGAGAAGAGGAAGAAAUGAGGAGAAGAAGAACACAAAAUAAUGGAGGAGGGGAAAAGAAGAAAAAAUUAAACAGAAAAAGGUAAAUUUAAUAAAAAUUUAGGAAGCCUUAAGUAUUUAAUAUAGCUACAUACAAUGUGCCUUUGAAAAUAUUUAAUAAUUAAAGUCCAUUUAUCAUUUUUAGCGCCUUUUAAUUAAAAACAGUUCUCCCUCUUUCUCCAAAAAUUCUAUUAAUCAUUCGGAUUCCUUCUCUCUUUUCUUUCCUCCAAAUUCAUCUCUUUCACUAUACAAUAUUCAAUUACAAUAAUUUUCUUUCUACCAAAAUUCUACCCCAAUCCAUCAAUUUUAUUUUAAAUAAUUC